AUGGGAAAUCUUCCUUCACCAAGAGUACAACCGACGCGGUGUUUCCAAAAUGUGGGAAUCGACUUUGCCGGUCCAUUCAUGGUGAAGGAAAGUCGUAGACGAAACGCUCGUACUUACAAGGCCUACGUGUGUGUAUUCGUUUGCCUCGCGGUAAAGGCUAUCCAUCUUGAGGCAGUAACCGAGCUAUCAACUUCUGCUUUUCUUGCAGCGUUAGAUCGCUUCGUAUCACGUCGUGGCCUUUGUACCUUCAUAGUCACCGACUGCGGUACUAACUUUAUUGGUGCCCGCCGUUACCUUAACGAACUACAGCAAAUGAUUUCUAAGAAUAAGGAUUCACUUGAGUCUAGUCUUGCGAAACGAAACAUUAUCUGGCGACUGAACCCUCCUACCGGGAGUAAUUUUGGUGGCAUAUUUGAGAGCGGUGUAAAAUCAAUGAAGUUUCACUUAAAACGCGUUAUAGGGUUACAAGUAUUGACAUUCGAGGAGCUCAUAACAAUUCUUACUAAAGUCGAAGCAAUACUUAACUCGCGACCGUUGUGCUGUCUAUCUCCGGAUCCUAAUGAGGUCGAUAUUCUUACACCUGGUCAUUUUUUGGUCCAUGGUUCUCUUAUAGCGUUACCAGAACCUGAACUUUCUAAUGAAUAUGUUCCACCUCGGGCCCGCUGGCAGAUGUUGCAAAAACUUACACAGUGUUUUUGGCAUAUUUGGCAACGCGAUUAUCUCCAUACCUUGCAGCAACGCGCGAAAUGGUUUCGAGAACAACCAAAUAUUCAUGUCGGAGAUAUUGUACUAAUUGUCGAUAGCAAUUUACCACCACUAGAGUGGCGUUCAGGUAGAGUUCAAGACGUGCAUCCCGGCAAAGACGGUGUAGUGCGCGUGGUCACCCUACGCACUACUAAUGGACUCCUUAAGAGACCAGUAAAUAAACUGUGUCCUUUACCUUUAAAUCAAUAA